AUGUAAAUUAUUCUAUGAUUCUGUCGUCAUUGCAGGAAUUAAUAAAUGACAACAUUCUGUUUGGAUUCUGCAGAAACAGAACUAAUCUUUUAUAACAAGCUCAGGGCACUUUUCUAGGUGCAAUUGCUGCUCCUACUGUAGAUUUUUCUGCUUUAAAAACUGCAGGCUCAACUGAUGCUUGCAUGUCAACACCUGUCCCCAUUAUCUGUCCUUAUUUGUGUCAUUCCCUUCUGCCAAAGAGCUUGGAUCCACUGCAAAAUAAUCCCCUUCCAGGGGCACUGAAGGCAAAAAUCUAUACAAAUUCCUUGGCAGUUUUGAGCAGAGAGCGAGCAGCUUUUAGGCAGGGUGGAGGAAUCUGAGGCCUUUCUCCUCUGUCAGCACUGCAGACCAGGUCGCCUCUGAUUUCACAUCUCACUUCCGCCUGCCAAGCUGUCUGAUAUGUCGGGACCCGUGCCGAGCAGGGCCAGAGUUUACACGGAUGUGAACACACACAGACCCCGGGAGUACUGGGACUAUGAGUCUCACGUUGUUGAGUGGGGAAAUCAAGAUGACUACCAGCUAGUUCGAAAAUUAGGCCGAGGCAAAUACAGUGAAGUAUUUGAAGCCAUCAACAUUACAAAUAAUGAAAAAGUAGUUGUUAAAAUUCUCAAGCCUGUUAAAAAGAAGAAAAUCAAGCGUGAAAUCAAGAUCUUAGAGAACUUGAGAGGCGGUCCCAAUAUAAUCACCCUUGCAGAUAUAGUAAAAGAUCCUGUGUCUCGAACACCCGCUCUGGUUUUUGAACAUGUAAACAACACAGACUUUAAGCAAUUAUACCAGACAUUAACAGAUUAUGAUAUUCGAUUCUACAUGUAUGAGAUUUUGAAGGCUCUAGAUUACUGCCAUAGCAUGGGAAUCAUGCACAGAGAUGUCAAACCUCACAAUGUCAUGAUUGACCAUGAGCACAGAAAGCUUAGACUAAUAGACUGGGGUUUGGCUGAAUUCUAUCACCCUGGCCAAGAGUACAAUGUCAGAGUGGCUUCCAGAUAUUUCAAAGGACCUGAACUUCUUGUAGAUUAUCAGAUGUAUGAUUACAGUCUGGAUAUGUGGAGCUUGGGUUGCAUGUUGGCUAGUAUGAUAUUCCGAAAGGAGCCAUUUUUCCAUGGCCAUGACAACUAUGAUCAGCUGGUGAGGAUAGCCAAGGUUCUGGGGACAGAAGAUCUGUAUGACUACAUUGACAAAUACAACAUUGAGCUGGAUCCACGUUUCAAUGACAUUUUGGGCAGACACUCCCGUAAGCGAUGGGAGCGCUUUGUCCACAGUGAGAACCAACAUCUGGUGAGUCCAGAAGCUCUGGAUUUCUUAGACAAGCUGCUGCGAUAUGAUCACCAGUCACGACUCACAGCAAGAGAAGCCAUGGAACACCCCUACUUCUACCCCAUUGUGAAAGACCAGGCUCGGAUGGGCUCGUCCAACAUGCCGGGUGGCAGCACUCCUGUCAGCAGUGCGAGCAUGAUGUCAGGGAUUUCUUCAGUGCCAACACCUUCACCCCUUGGACCUCUAGCAGGCUCACCUGUCAUCUCUGCCACCACCACCCUGGGGAUGCCGGUUCCAGCUGCUGCGGGCGCCCAGCAGUAGUGACGGGCUCUGUCUCCUGCUGCCUGAGCUGAGUCAGGUGGGGAAGAGGUUUCCCCCUCCACCUCUCCUCAGGACGCAGCUCGUGCCUGGCAGGGGAAGGGAGGGGAUGAACGCUUUGGAGACACCGUGUCUGAACUGUUGCUUGUGGAUUUAUAGUAGUUCAGUCAUUAUAUACAAAAUUAUUAUAGGCUGAUUUUUCUUUUUUUACUUGAACUUUUCGUAACUCAGGGGAUUCCCUGAAAAUACCUACAGAUGGAAUACUUCUUGGACAGUUUUUCUUCCCCCCCCCCCCACCCCUCCCCCCCCCGAAAAAAACAAACAAACAAACAAAACAACUCUUCAUGUAAUAACAAAGAUGAAUCAACAGCAUUUCCAAGCUCUUGCAUCCUGCUGGAAAUCUCUUCUCUUCAUGUUCCCACCAUUAUUCCUCCACAAGCCUUGGGGGAUUGUGCUGUUCUCCAGAGACUACCAAACCAAGUCUUCAUGAGGCAGGGGAGGGGAUUCUUAAAGUACCACUCACUUAAACCCCAUGUCCUGCAUAUGUCCCAGCCAGGGUACACUGAGGAGACAAUUCCAGUAGGGAGAGGUGGGAUAAGCUUAAAAGGAGUAAGUGCAGAUAGUGUCCAAAACUCUAAUUGGAUUGGAUAAUGUCUCCUUAGGAGUCAACCAGAAUGCUAACUCACCCCUUGCAUGUAAUUUUAGUCUUAAAAAUGAAGUUACUGAUCCAGUUGGAGUCCUUGGCACCUCCUGAGACAGGUGCUCCUGUAGAGUAAGCCCUGCUCUGAUCAGCCCCUUUCUUGUGGAGGGUUCUUCCAGCCAUUGCUUGGCUUGGAUCUCUGAAAUUAAUUUGUUAUUGGGUAUAUUGUUUUUAAAUUGUUUCUAUAGGUUUCGAGCUGGUGGCUACUUAAAGCUGGAAAAAUCAGACUGCGCCAAGUCCGAUCCCACAUCUUCACCCACCAUCCCCUCCCUCACGUGCCAUGUGGUGAGAAUACCAGUUACCUCACAGUCUUGUAAAUAUGCACUGAGAGGAAGGAGCCAGGAGACGUUAACUUAAACUGAAAUGGUAGAUCAGUAAUUGUGGACAAAUAUUACCAUUGACAACGGAAAAGCACCCUUGUUACAGCCCUGCUACCCCUUGCUGUGUAUAUAUACUUUGUCCUUCAUAUGUGAAAGAUCCAGUGUUGGAAUUCUUUGGUGUAAAUAAACAUUUGGUUUUAUUUAUCGAG